AUGGAGAACAGGACAGAAGUGACAGAGUUCAUUCUACAGGGACUGACCAGUGACCCUCACCUGCAGGUCCCCCUCUUUAUCAUCUUCCUCAUCAUCUACAUGGUCACUCUGGUUGGGAAUCUGGGGAUGGUCCUGCUGAUUGUCUUGGACUCUCGCCUCCACACCCCCAUGUACUUCUUCCUCGGUAACCUGUCUCUGGUGGACUUUUGUUACUCUUCAGUCAUCACUCCUAAAGUCAUGGCUGGGCUCCUGAGGGGAGACAAGGUCAUGACCUAUAACACAUGUGUUGUUCAGAUGUUCUUCUUUGGAGCCUUUGCAAAUGUGGAAAAUUACCUCCUGGCUUCAAUGUCCUAUGACCGUUAUGCAGCGGUGUGCAAGCCCCUCCAUUAUACUACCACCAUGACAACUAAGGUGUGCAUGUGUCUGAUCAUAGGCUGCUAUACCUGUGGUUUACUGAACGCCUCCAUCCAUAUCAUAAACACGUUCAGUCUCUCCUUCUGUGGGUCCAAUGUAGUCCAUCACUUUUUCUGUGAUGUCCCGGCUGUCAUGGUUCUCUCAUGUUCUGACAGGCACAUCAAUGAUCUUGUUCUUAUUUAUGUGGCCAGCUUCAACAUAUUCUUUGCUCUAGUGGUCAUUGUCAUAUCCUACCUGAUUAUUUUUAUCACCAUCCUAAAGAUGCACUCAGGUGCAGGCUAUAGAAAGGCUAUCUCCACUUGUGCCUCUCACUUCACUGCAGUCUCCAUUUUCUAUGGGACAAUUAUCUUCAUGUACUUACAGCCCACCUCUAGUCAUUCCUUGGACACAGAAAAAAUCAUAUCUGUAUUUUAUACGAUGGUCAUCCCCAUGCUGAACCCUCUGGUCUACAGCCUGAGGAACAAGGAGGUCAAAAGCGCAUUCACCAAGAUUAUUCUGAGGGCAAGAUAG